AUGGCUCAGACACAACCUGGAGGAGCCCAGCGCGUCGGCUCACGCUUUCCUAAACUCACUUUCAUCCUGGACCAAGGGAAACAGUUCGGGCCCCGCGUUGGUAGGCUGUGCUUGACACGACCAUCCGAUACUCCAUCCAACCAUCUCAUCGACAUCCCAACACCCAAUUUUCUCAUCGGAACAUCUCGUGGUGUAAUUCCACACUUCUCAAGGGACCAUGUUCAUUCUGCAAAUGGUAUCAGCUGGAUCAACGUAUCUUUUGAGUCAUUCCUCGAGCAAACACCCCCAGUACCCACUUAUCAAGCGGGAUCGCAGCCACUACAUGAUUUCUUUGGAUUCGACAGCUCGAGACACAUCGUUUCGCUUUCGCUUCGUGAUCCUUUGGAUGCUCGAGAGAUGCCUCCAAAUGGAAAUUCACAUGUUUCAGCUUCAUGCAUGCGUGGCGUGAGGAAGGUUACGCCUGCGGACUGGCGAUCGUAUGUUCUGACAAUGCAGCCUGAUAUCGCGUUUGCUCUCAGUGAUACGCCUUUUACUGCUGCCCCGCACUCGCAGAAACGCAUGACUAAAAGCAUCGAGCGCAGUGCGGCUUGGCUCGCAGAUCUGUUGCGUCCUUCAACUCCUACUGCUUUGAAUGUCUUCGUGCAUAUGGCUGGUGGUACUUCGACUUCCGCAAGGAGAGCCUUUUCGCACAGUCUCAUGGAGACUCUUCAUGGGUUGGAAGCAAACGCGGUGAAACCACUGUCAUGUUUGGAUGAAGGAGUAGCUGGAUAUGCAUUUGACCUAGCCGCCCUUCAUAGCUCUUUGAUUCUACAGAACUCGGAAUCAUUAGCACAAGCGCCAACGCCUAACGCGGCUCAUACACCCACAUCGCUCUCGUCCAGCAUGAUCGAGCCUCUUUCCUUCCUCUCCCUGACCCCCACAUUGGAUGAACUCCUCCGCGCAUCGUUAGAUCCUCUCCCAAUCGCAAAACCACGCCUUGUCACGGAUGUUCGAUCCCCUCACGAAAUCCUGCGUUUGAUCAGAGAUGUUGGAGUCGAUGUAUUCGAUGCGGGAUGGGCUGUAAAAGCAGCUGAUAUCGGAGUGGCUCUCGAUUUUAUUUUUCCAGUGCCCAGCAGUCAUGACAGUGGUCCAGACCAUCGCAAACGCGACGUUGGUCACAACCUGUACGAUGCGAAAUACGCUUACGACUUCGUCAGGUUGUCAGACGCCUUCCUCGCUGGCUGCGAUAGAACAUCUUCGUCUCAAACUCCCGUUUGCCCCUGCGUUGCAUGCUCUCCAGUUGCCCUCACGUCUCCGAUCUACCAUAGCAAAGUUGACGUUCAGUCGCACCAAGCGCAUUUAGACGACGGCAUGAGCCGGGAACAAUUUUCACCUCCUUUCACACGAGCCUACCUGCACCACCUCUUACACACCCACGAGAUGUCUGCACACACACUCCUUGUCGCACAUAACGUCGCCGUCCUUGAUGCCCUGCUUACUGGAGUGCGAGCGAUUCUUUCAGGUCAUGCUGAUCAACAUGAAGCAGCAACCAUUUUUGCCCGAGAGGUCACAAGGUUUGAGGAGGUUUACGAUGGGGAUAUGUCAGUGUUCCAUACUGCUCUGGAAAACUGGAAGGACGUGAAGCACGCACGGGGUAAAGGAAGAUUGGCGCGGGAGGCACAGAAAGAAAAGAAAGUUUGAUCGGUACAUUCUAAUGAGGUACAGUAAUUGUACAGUAAGUUUCAUAACGUCGGUUACAUACAUUCCCGUUACCAUAAUGCAUACAUGUUCCUACUUGGUAU